AUGGAAUUUUUACAUAAAAACACUUGUUUAAAAUUAACGCCUUAUUUAUUUGUAUUAGUUUUAGAAUUAAUAUUGGAAGUAUCAGAAUGUGCAACUCAGGCAGAAAUUGAAAGGCAUUUAGAAUUAGGUAAACAAUAUUUAGCGAAGGGCCAGUUGGGAGAUGCAUUAAGUCAUUAUCAUUCUGCAGUUGAGGGUGAUCCUAACAAUUACCUCACUUAUUUUAAGAGAGGAACUGUAUAUUUAGCUUUAGGUAAAGCUAAAAAUGCUUUAAGUGAUUUAGAUCGAGUAUUAGAAUUGAAACCAGACUUUACUGCUGCCAGAAUUAGUAGAGGAAAUAUACAUUUAAAACAAGCAAAUUAUGAUUUAGCACAAUUAGAUUUUUAUAAUGUAAUAAAAGUGGAUCCUUAUAAUGUUGAUGCAAAUGAGUUGAUCCAAAAAAUUGAUCCUGCCAAGGAAAGAAAACGUAGUGCUGAAUAUUAUUAUGGUCAUAAUGAUUACCCAACUGCAAUCCAUUAUUUAUCUGAAGUAUUAGAGGUAAGCCCAUGGGCUGCCGAACUCUAUGAUUUUCGUGCGGAAUUACAUAUGUUAAAUGGAGAUGAAAUGUCUGCAAUAACUGAUAUUAAGUCGACUACAAAGCUUCAAAGUGACAAUGUUGAUGGUUUCUUUAAACUUGCAAAACUCUUAUAUAAAUCAGGUCAGGCCACAGAAGCUUUAAAAUCUGUUCGGGAGUGUCUUAAAUUAGACCCUGAACACAAGGAUUGUUUCCCUUUUUAUAAAAGGAUUAAAAAAAUUGAAAAAUUUUUAGUUGAAGCCGAAACUGCCUUAGAAAAUAAAAAUUACGCUGAUUGUAUAGACUCGGCCAAGAAAGUAUUGAAGAAUGAAAGGGAUAUAACUAAUAUUAUUUAUGAAGCUAAAAGAUUGUUAUGCUCAUGUUAUUCAAAUGAUGAACAAUCGGAAGAAGCAAUUUCUGUUUGUACUGAAGCGUUAGCAAUUAAUGAUGACCCAAAUAUUUAUUGUGAUAGAGCAGAGGCUUACUUACAGUCGGAGAUGUAUGAUGAUGCUAUUCGAGAUUAUAAAUCAGCUUUGGAGAUAGACUCCCAUUUUGAGAGAGCGAAAGAAGGUUUGAAUAAGGCUGAAAAUAGACAAAAACAAUCAGAAAGGAGAGAUUAUUAUAAAAUUCUAGAUGUUAAAAGAUCAGCAUCAAAAAAAGAAAUUACAAAAGCUUAUAGAAAGAUGGCUCAAAAGUGGCAUCCUGACAACUAUCAAAAUGAUGAAAAAAUGAAGAAAAUUGCAGAAAAAAAAUUUAUAGAUAUUGCUGCAGCGAAAGAGGUUUUAACUGAUGAUGAGAAAAGAAAACAAUAUGAUAAUGGUGAAGAUCCCUUGGACCCCGAGUCAGGUAGAGGAGGAAUGCCAAACUUUCAUCAUUUCCAGUCUUUCCAUGGCAGUCCUUUCCAAUUUAAAUUCCAUUUUAAUUAAAAUUUUCUAAUGAAUAUUGUGACGGACAAUUUACAUCAAAGAAAUUUUCUAUACAAAUGUACAGUAUGUCUUCAUGCAAUGUCAGGUUACUAAACUGGUGAAACUCAGGAUGUAUGUUAGAAAUAGAAUCUUGCAUUUUGUUAUGUACUGGAUAGCAGUGGCAGCUCGUGACAUUGAGAAUAGGUGAAGCAUCUUUAUUCAUUGACUAUAUAGAAAUAAAAAAGCGC